AUGCAUCUCUACAAUGCAUGGCUUCCGCCGCCGCUGGCCGCUCAGACCGCCGCAGAGCGCGACUCCUUCUCGCGCGUCAUCGCCGCCGUCAACUCAUCCUUCCGCCGCGACGAUCCCGAAUCCGUCUUCUCCACUCUCAAAUUCAUCUCCGUCCUCGACCUGUCAGUUUUCACUCUCAUUUCCAAUCUCCGCCUCUUCCUUUUCCCUAAUUCAUCCUUAAUUAUCGUUUCCGGUUUCGUUUCACCUGUUCUUGCUUUCGCUUUCGGUGUUGCGAGGGACUUCCUGAAACGCUCAGGAGUUUUCAUAAAGGCAAAAAGUGAUGUUUCUUUGGAGGAUGUUCACAACCUUGUUCAGUUGGGCCUCGAGAUUUUUCAUGUGUCCCGCAAUAAGCUUUAUGCUCAGGUUAGAUGGGGAAAUUUAAUAGUCAGACUACUCAACAAAUAUAGGAAAAAGAUUACACUGACUGUUGAGUGGAGGCCCCUGUAUGAGACACUGGUUAGCACACAUUUUACUAGAAGUACAGGUCCAGAAGGUUGGAGAAUACGACAACGACAUUUUGAAACUAUAACUUCCCUUGUUCAGUCCUGCCGUAGAUUCUUCCCAUCAGGUUCUGCCUUUGAGAUAUGGUCUGAGUUUAAUGAUUGGAUAAAAGAAUGUAUAGAUUUGUGGGAAUCUAUACCAAAUUGCCAAUUCUGGAACAAUCAAUGGGCAGAUGUGAUAGCUCGUGUUGUAAAAAAUUACCACAAUGUUGACUGGGACUGCUUCCUGCCUUUGCUUUUUGCUAGAUACUUGAAUAUGUUUGAGGUACCUGUUGCAAAUGGAAGUGGGUCAUAUCCCUUUUCGCUAGAUGUCCCAAGAAACACUAGGUUCUUGUUCUCCAAUAAAACAUCCACUCCUGCGAAGGCUAUCUCCAAAUCAAUAGUAUCUUUGCUAAAACCUGGUAGUUCAUCAGAGCAGUUCUUUAAAAAAUUGAUCAACAUUUUGGAACAAUAUUAUCAUCCCUCAAAUGGGGGUCGAUGGACCUACUCGUUGGAGCGGUUUUUGUUUCAUUUAGUGUUUCAAUUUCAAAAGCGUCUACAGAAUGAACAGUUGGGCACAGAUAAUAGUAGACCCACUGAACAGCAUCUUGGGGAACCAGAGAGGGUUUUCUUUGUUAAUUCAGUGCUCAAGUUAAUUGACCGUGGUCAAUACAGCAAGAAUGAGCAUCUAUCUGAGACAGUUGCUGCAGCAACUUCUAUUCUGUCGUACGUAGAACCCUCAUUGGUUCUGCCAUUUGUGGCAUCUCGGUUCCGGAUGGCCCUUGAGACGAUGACUGCGACCCACCAGUUAAAAAUUGCAGUUAUGUCAGUGGCAUUUGUUGGGCGAUCACUAUUUUAUUCAUCUGUAUCAUCUUCCUCCACAAAACCAGUUGAUCUUGGUGGUGGUGAUGAAACAUUCAUUGAUCUUGUGGGGGUUUCAUUAUCUAAUGCAUUACUUGGCAUGGAUGCUAAUGACCCGCCGAAAACCUUGGCUACCAUGCAAUUAAUUGGUUCCAUAUUUUCAAAUUUGGCUUUAUUGGAUGAUAAAAUUGAUGACCUAUCAUUUAUGCCAAUGAUCCGCUUUUCAGAGUGGCUGGAUGAGUUCUUAUGCCGUCUGUUUUCCUUACUUCUACACUUGGAACCCAGCAGUGUUAUAAAUGAAGGUCUGCAGUCAUCAGCAGCUACAGGAACUUUCCUAGUUGAUGAUGGUCCAUACUACUUCUGCGUGCUUGAAAUUUUGUUUGGGAGGCUUUCUAAAUCACUGUAUAAUCAGGCUCUGAAGAAAAUUUCCAAGUUUGUGAGGACAAAUAUUCUUCCUGGUGCUGUUGCAGAGGUUGGACUGCUCUGUUGCGCCUGUGUUCACUCAAAUCCAGAAGAAGCAGUUUGUCAACUUGUUGAGCCAAUAUUACUGUCUGUGAUAUCUUCUUUGAAAGGAACACCACGCACUGGAUUUGGAGGAGGAGGAACUUUUGAUGCUUCUGCUUCAUCAAAGGUUAGGUCGACAAUUUCCCCAGCUCUUGAGGCUGCAAUUGACUAUCAACUUAAGAUAUUGUCAGUUUGCAUUACAUAUGGAGGUCCAGCAAUCCUCCCCUACAAGAGUCAAUUCAAAGAAGCUGUUUUCUUGGCUUUUGAUUCUCCCUCUUGGAAGGUCAAUGGGGCUGCUGAUCAUCUUCUUCGGUCCCUUCUUGGAAGUCAGAUUCAUUAUUAUCCUGUUGAUCAGUACAAGUGUGUUCUUAGUCACCCUGAUGCUGUUGCUCUAGAAGAAUGGAUUAGCACAAAAGGUUUUUCCACUUAUGAAAGGUUGAUCCCAAAGUGGCAUAUUCCUUGUGAUGAAGAAAUUAAUUUUGCAAAUGAGCUUAUAGACAUUCACUUCAAGUCAGCUUUGGAUGAUCUGUUGAAAAUAUGCCAGACUAAAAUCCAUGCUGACCAAGGAGAUGAGAAAGAGCACUUGAAAGUGACUCUUCUACGUAUUGAAUCAGCAUUGCAAGGACUUUUUUCUUGUUUGCCUGACUUUGUUCCAGACUCUAGAAAUGGAAUGGUCGAAGAUUCAAACCAUCUGUUUUUAAUUGCUGGGGCAACAGGUUGUACUGUUGGUAGUACUGCUCUGAGAGAAAAAGCUGCUGAGAUUAUACAUGCAGCCUGCAAAUAUGUUCUGGAGAAAAAGUCAGAUGACAGCAUCCUGUUGAUUUUGAUUAUUCGCAUCAUUGAUGCUUUAGGAAACUAUGGUAGUUUGGAGUAUGAUGAAUGGUCUAGUCAUAGGCAGGCUUGGAAAUUAGAAUCUGCAGCCAUAAUAGAACCGCCCAUUAAUUUCAUUGUAUCAUCUCAUUCUAAAGGAAAGAAAAGACCAAGGUGGGCACUUAUUGAUAAGGCAUUUAUGCACAGUACGUGGAGGUCUUCACAAGCAUCCUAUCAUCUUUACCGUACAAGUGGGAAUUUCUGCCCAUCUGAUCAUGUGACUAUUUUGAUGGAUGAUUUGCUGACUCUCUCUUUGCAUAGCUAUGAAACUGUCCGCCUGCUUGCCGGAAAAUCGCUAGUGAAGCUGAUUAAGAGAUGGCCAUCAUUGAUUUCAAAAUGUGUUAUCACUCUUACCAAUAACUUGCAGGAUCUCAAUGCCAAGGAAUAUGCAGUGUUGGGUUCAUGUUCAGUCCUUGCCUCACAAACUGUGCUCAAGCAUCUGACAACGGUGAUUGUCAAGGAUGAUCUUUUCGUGAAGUACAACAUUCAAUUUUCUGGAGUAUCUAGAAGUUUCUUCAGAAUCUCAGACAAAGAAAAUCAUACCGGUGGACUGGGGUUUUCAGAUUUGGUUUCUCAGAUUGGUUCUAUGAGUUUUGAUUCUACUGGCUUGCAUUGGAGGUAUAAUUUGAUGGCUAACAGAGUUCUGCUUCUGCUGGCUUUGGCAUCUCGGAACCAUCCAAAUUCAUCAUCCAAAAUUUUGAGUGAAACUGCUGGACACUUUCUGAAGAAUUUGAAAAGUCAACUUCCUCAGACCAGGAUACUCGCAAUUUCAGCUUUAAAUAUACUACUAAAGGAAUCACCAUAUAAGUUGUCUCAUGGUGAGAAAUUUGAGGAUUUGCAGGACCAUGUCAAAUCAUCCCUUGAAGGAACUUUAACUCAAACUUUUCAGGAAGAGGGUUUCUUCAAUGAGACACUAACUAGUCUUUCCCAUGUUCAUAUAAUUACUGAUACUGAAACUGCUUCACGAGGAAGUCAGGGAGAUUCAAGUUUCCAAAGCUUAGCGGACAAAUCCAUAACUCGUUUUUAUUUUGAAUUUUCGGCUUCAUGGCCACGCACACCAAGUUGGAUAUCAUUUUUAGGAAGUGAUACAUUCUACUCAAGUUUUGCACGUAUUUUUAAACGACUAGUACAGGAAUGUGGAAUGCCUGUAGUGUUGGCUCUUAAAGGUGCAGUAGAUGAGUUUACAACUGCUAAGGAGAGAUCUAAACAAUGUGUAGCUGCUGAAGCUUUGGCAGGUGUGCUACAUUCUGAUAUUGAUGGUCUAUCAGGAACAUGGGAAAGUUGGCUGAUGCCUCAGUUGAAGAAUAUCAUUUUAGCACAAUCUGUUGAAUCAGUUUCAGAGUGGGCAUCUUGCAUAAGGUAUGCAGUUACUGGUAAAGGAAAGUAUGGAACUAGAGUUCCUCUUUUGAGACAGAAAAUUCUGGAUUCUUUGAUGACACCUUUACCUCCAACAGUAGCUACAACUGUAACAGCCAAGCGAUAUACUUUUCUGGCAGCUGCACUUAUAGAAAUAUCCCCACAGAAAAUGCCAGUAUCUGAAAUUCAGCUCCACAAUACACUUCUGAAGGAAGUUCGUGCUAAUAUGUGCCACUCAUCAGCCCAAGUGAGGGAGGCUCUAGGGGUUACCCUUUCUGUAUUAUGCUCUAACAUUAGGCUAUAUCAUUCGAGUCAUCAUGAUUCUGCUCAGGAUGAGAGAAGCGACAAUGUUGAUAGUUUGAUGAAAGAUGAAAGUUGGGUCCAGUUUCUUACAGAGCGAGCAGCUGAAGCAGUUGUGAACAUUCAGAUUGCUAACCAAUCAGAUAAAAUAGUGAAUCCUGUAGAUGCAAGUUCUCAAAAUGGGCAUGUAGAGGGUGAUUCACAAGAUGACAUGAAAUGGAUGGAAACGCUACUCUACUUCAUCAUCUCUUCAUUGAAGUCUGGGAGAUCCUCAUAUCUACUUGACGUGCUUGUGGGGCUUCUAUAUCCUGUGAUUUGCUUGCAGGAAACAUCAAAUAAGGAUUUGUCAACAUUAGCCAAGGCAGCGUUUGAAUUGCUUAAAUGGAUGAUCGUUUGGGAACCUCACCUUCAGAAGGCUGUAUCUGUGAUUCUCUCUGCUGCCAAUGAUUCCAACUGGCGGACUAGAUCUGCUACAUUGACAUAUCUACGAACAUUCAUGUACAGGUACGAUGAUCUUGUAAGAGAACAUGCUGCAGCAGUUUUAGCAGGCUUAAUGAAGGGUGGAGAUGAGGACCUGGCUACAGAUUUCCGUGAUAGAGCAUAUAAAGAAGCAAAUAUUGUUCAUAAAAGAAGAAAGUCAAGAAAUACAAGUUUUGGAUCAACUAUAGCAUCUGUUCAUGGUGCUGUACUGGCUUUGGUAGCUUCUGUAUUAUCAGCUCCGUAUGACAUGCCCAGUUGGUUGCCUGAUCAUGUUACACUACUAGCCCGCUUCAGUGGUGAGCCAUCCCCUGUGAAAUCUACCGUUACUAAAGCAGUUGCUGAGUUCAGGCGGACCCAUGCUGAUACAUGGAAUGUUCAGAAAGAAUCAUUUACUGAAGAGCAACUUGAGAUCCUGGCAGAUACAUCCUCGUCAUCAUCGUAUUUUGCUUGA